AUGACUUUCUACUUCUUCAUCGCCCUGGGCGCGGACGCCCCUCCUCUUCAGGUCUACCAUUUCGAGCACGGAGACACGUGGGUCGCCAUUGGAGGCUGCUACGAAGAUCUACUGCAGAGCCCUCGCGCAGAACGCCUGCUGCGCCCCGGGGAUCGCAAGGACGGCCCAGGACCACGCUGGAUUGUCAUCCCUUUCCUCUGGCGCCCUUACAGACCCUCCACCGUCAUCUCAAGCCACGACCCCGUGGCGCCCUUCCUCUGGAAACCCGACGUCCCCGACCUCCUAACGAACCGCGAGGGCAGCCGCAUCUCAGCGGAAAGGGUCCAACGGAUGUUGGACGCCACUCGCACCUUCGUGCAGAUCGCCGAGCGAUUGCGCGAUUCGGCGCCUCCCGCCUUCUUCCUUCGCAAUGGCGCGCGCAUCAAGCCGACCGACGUAGACUUCCUGAGCAUCCAGGGACGAGGCGAGGCCGACUGGAUCCUCGAGUGCGUGCGCGAGUUCAACACGGCGGUGAUGGACCACGUCUCCUUCACCGCAUGGUUCACCCUCAAUUUCCGCGGCUGGGAGGAAGCCCUGUCGCCCGAGCAGCUGAAGACAGUGCGCGACUGCCAGUUCAAGGAUCGCCCCAAGAAGGGGUGUCUUCUUAACCUCCUCGUCGGCUAUCCCCUCGUCAACUUCGAGCGUUGGAUCAAGCACAAGGUGCCGGUAUACUACAUCUUCACGGAAGCCAUGUAUUACCUCGAUCGCUUUGUACGCGUUCGCCCCGACAUCAUCCAGGACUAUUGGGAGAGGAGGCUGUGCCAGAACACGGAGGAGGACCUCAAGGAUUUCUACCGUCUGGUGGAGCUGGCGACGAUCGAGUACAACGACUUCUUCCAACAGCGCCUGCAGCGGCGAACCUUAGUCGACACCCCGCACUUCCCUUACCGGCUGCAAGCCAUGUACUCGGAGCAGAUCUGCCAGGGGUACCGCCCAUACAUCGUCCACAACCCGGCUCUUGCCAAACUCCUUCUCGAGCGCUACGAAGCGAUUAACAGGCCGGAGACGCCGGGCAGGAUCAGGAUGGCGCGCUGGGCCGCCCGCGAGCCAUACCGAGGACCGGAGGACGAGAGAGAAUUCACAAUGGACCCGGGCACGUCCGGGCUACCCUCCGACCUUCCUUUCCCCGGCAAGUCGUUUGACCGCGAAUCACAAUGGGUCGAGAACAACUACCUGACCUUGCGGGAACUCUUCAAACUGUCAUUCGCGCCGCAGCCCGGCGAAGCGUACGACCUCGAGGGAGGACGGUCGGCCUUCCCUCUGGAGGAGGGUGGCGGCUUGAAGGAGUUCGAGAAGGAGCUCGUCGCGCGAGCAGUGUACGAAGGGAAGAAGCGCCCCGAGGAGUACCUGGAGUUUCACGACUGGGAGAUUGGAUGGGGAGGUCAAGUUGAGUGGAUGCUGUCCAUAGCUCAGACGGCCUCAGCGGUUUCUGACGACACGGAGAUGAGCGAUCCGUGUUCGCUCAAAGAAGGGGAGCUGACCGAUGACAGCCACGAGUCCAGCACCGGGUCGGACGAGUUCACGACCGCCCCCCUGAGCAGGCCCUCACUCGGGCAGCGCAUCACGGAUCCCACGACAGGCGAACCGGUAUGGCAAGGAGGGCUCGCCGCGCAACUGUCAUCCCCGAGCGAGGUCGAUAGACGCCGAGGAAGGCGCGCGCGAUGGGAGGACGAGAGUUCGGAAGGAGAGGGGACACCGGCCAGCAGCGUCGCUUCAUCCGGGCGAGUCUGGCAGACGGAGAGACGGAGCGCGUCGCCCGUACAAGCGUCGCGCCUCGCAGACCCAGGACGAGCGUCCAGCAAGGUAUACAGCGAAGGGCAUACGCGCUGGAAGGAAGUCGAGGAGGGCUUCUGGAAGCAGUUGGACGAGCUGGCCAACCGCAUGACCAUGCCCCAGGGACCCUACGUGCGGGACGAUGUGCGACGACCGAGGAUCGAGUGGAGCGAUGACUUCGUAGCGCGCGGACUCCUGCACGUGCAUGGCUGGGAAGACCGCAUUCGCCUGCUCCUCUACGCCAUCUACCACCAGUCCCUCCGCACGCCGGUCCACGUGCUCGACUUCGUCGUGGAAAAAGGGAUGAAGGUUUCCUUCCUCGUGCCUCGCGAUCCGGUGCCGACGCUAGCACAGAUUGGCUCGCGCAACCCUCCUUCGACAACGCUCUUUUCCCCGCUGUCGGGAAGAACGCCGAGAGAAGUAUUCCGCAUCUGGGAGAGCCAGCUACAGGGUCCAGCCUGGGCGAAGACGCACUUCGCCGCUUUCCUGGCCGAGGGAGGCACCAUUGCGUAUCUCGUGCGGCACUACGCAAAGGACUACCUCAACUACGCCGGGUCGGGGGUGAGCCCGGAGAGCCGUGCCUACACGCUCAAUAGCUUCCCCCUCCCUGUCAGCUGCAAGCUCGGCGGCAACUACUUCGUGGUGCGAGACGUCGCCGGAGACACCGAGCUGGAGGCUAUCGGGGGGCAGGUCGCCAACCCCCGCGACGAGAUGAACCCUUACUACGUCGUCCCUCCGACGGCGACCUUCAACUCCCCGGAGUGGAUCAUCGGCACGGGCGAGUGGGGCGAGGCGGAAGAGGCGUACCUCAACGAGGUCCUGCACCGUUGGAAGACCAGGAAGGAGAUGAACCUGAGGACCGCGACGCAAUGGGCGAAGCACGCCGGCGUCUGGGUGCACGCCUACAAGCAGCGUCGGCCGGAGGAGGCUAAGCGCGAGCGCGUUCCAAGCGGUAGCGAAUGCGAGGAAUGGUGCAAGAAGCUGGAAGAGGCCUUCGGCGUGUCUCUCGAGUUCCGCAAGAUCGCUGACUUGGUCAAGCCGCUCAAGGCCAAGAACCUGCGACAGUUCCGCUGA